AUGGCGGCCGCCGCCUCGCGCGUUCCGCGGGCGGAGGGAACGGCCCGGCCAGCCGCGCGGCGCAGCGGCGCCCCCUGUCGGCGGCCUGUGCCGCCUGCAGCCCGCGGCUGGCACUGCACCUGCCUGCGCGGCCCCUCCCACCGCCCUGCACGGCCCCGCCCACCGCUCGACACAGCCCGGCACAGCCCCGCCCACUUCCUACGUAGCUCCGCCCUCUUCGCCAACAGCCCCGCCCACUGCGGCGGCGCGGGGCCGGGCGGGCGCUGGCUGCUCUGGCUCUGGCUCGGGGCCGCGCUGCUGCCGCGGCCGGCGAGGGGCCUGACGGAGGGGCUGUACUGCGGGCGGAGGGUCUGCUACGAGGUGCUGGGCGUCAGCCGGCAGGCCAGCAAGGCGGAGAUCGCCCGCGCCUACCGGCAGCUGGCCCGCAAGUACCACCCCGACCGUUACCGCGGGGAGGCGGCCGCGCCGGGCGGGGACCCGCAGGCAGCGCACGAGAAGUUCCUGCUCAUCGCCACCGCCUACGAGACCCUCAAGGAUGAAGAAACACGUAAAGAUUAUGACUACAUGCUGGAUCAUCCUGAAGAGUAUUACAGGCAUUAUUAUCACUACUACAGCAGGAGAUUGGCACCUAAAGUGGAUGUCAGAAUAGUGAUUCUGGUUAUGGUGUGUGCCAUCUCUUUGUUUCAGUUCUUCAGCUGGUGGAGUAGUUACAAUGAAGCUAUCAACUACCUAGCUACAGUGCCAAAAUACCGGAUACAAGCUACUGAGAUUGCCAAGCAGCAAGGUUUACUCAGUAAGACUAAAGAAAAAGGCAAGAACAGGCGGUCUAAAGAGGAAAUUCGGGAAGAAGAGGAAGAAAUCAUCAAAGACAUUAUUAAAAAUAAAAUAGAUAUAAAAGGCGGUUAUCAGAAGCCCAAGAUAUAUGAUAUCCUUCUAUUUCAGCUCCUUCUUGCCCCUUUUUACUUGUGCAAAUACAUAGUUUGGCGCUGUUGGUGGAUUUAUUGUUUCACUAUUAAAGGGCAAGAGUACGGUGUGGAAGAGAAGCUGUAUAUCAUACGAAGGAACAUGAAAAUGUCCCAGUCUCAGUUUGACAGCCUAGAAGACCAUCAAAAAGAGACCUUUCUUGAACGGCAGCUGUGGAUACGAGAAAACUAUGAGGCCUAUAAACGAGAACAAGAGGAGGAGUUAAAGAAGAAGAUGGCCAUGGAUCCUCGAUGGAAGAGGUAUCGGCGGUGGAUGAAGAAUGAAGGACCCGGAAGACUGACAUUUAUUGAUGACUGAGAGUUGCCAAACAAUAUGUGUGCCAAUGUUGAAAGUGAUCUGCAGAACUUUCCACUACAUCAUUCAGAGUUUUGUCUGCUGUGGCUCAGCAGUGAUCUAAAACUCAGGAAUUAUGAAACCAGGCCAACAAAUAAUACAGGUUUACCAUUUUUAUAAAUCAGACGUAUUAAACAGGCUCAGCUCAAUGUAUAUAUACCAUUUACUUGGGGAUCUCAGUGUGGAAUUCAUUAUUCCAAACAAUGUAUUUUCUCUCCAUAUUUCAUGUUCACAAUCUCUGGAACUGUAACUUUAGUCUUUCUGAAAAUGUUUCUAGAUCAGUCCUUGAAAGUCCUGUUUUGCCUUUUUAAACUGAAGGGUUCCUGCAAACAAACACUGGAAAUGUAUAAAAGGAUUAUGAAGCAAGGCCAUUUUCUGAUUUCCUCUCUCUUUCCUUCUACUUUUCUAUCUAAAUUCCAGGAUGCCAAAUUGUUUUUUGGUGUUAAACAAUAUGGGGAUUAUAUCAGACUUCUUUCGCUAUUCCUGUUCCAGUUGGAAAUGGAUUUUAUUUUUUGUGAGAAUAAAUGAUGCAUGAUUGAUCAUUA